AAUCGACAUCUCCUGCCUGAGGAGGUUGGAGCUUGACGCAUGCGUGGCAUCAAAACCUUCGGCUUGAGUUGGAGGCGUUUGGCGUUUCCCGUUCGGCGCACGCGCAGGAGCGGUCCUCUUCCCCCCCCCCCCCCCCCCACUCCGCCCCUCCGGGAUCGGGGCGUAAAAUGGGGGCGGCGCAGUUGCAAUAGCGGAAGUUCAUAGGUGAGCGAGCAGCAUGACAGCUCCUCACCCUCGGCUCUGAUGCCGGAGUGUCGACGGCUGCGGCGCUGGUGACACUCACCUACAUCGACCGAUCUAAUUCUGCCUUUGCUGAAGACUAAUGUCUGACCAUCUCUAUGGUUUGCCUGAAGGAAAUGAUUCUAUGAGCUCCCUUCGCAUAUCCAUUGGUGGUCUUCCCGUUAUAGCUUCCAUGACAAAAACAAGAGACUCUCGUUUUCACCUGAAAUGGAAGGCUAUACUAGUAGCUGCUGUCAUUCUCUUCAUAUUCUACAUGGUAUAUUUUCACAAAGGAUCCUCACCUAGUUCUCAUCUGCGAAAUGUCCACAACUGGCAGAUUGAUAAUUUUCCGAGGGACAGGUACAACGAUACAUACCCUCUUUCACCCCCACAGAAAACGCUGGAAGGCAUCAGAUACCGUAUCGGCUUGAUUGCUGACCUGGACACCAGCUCAAAGAGUGAAUUGAACACUUGGGUCAGUUACUUAAAGAAAGGCUACUUAAUUUUAUCAAACAGUGGUGACAAGGUGUCUAUAGAAUGGGACAAAAAUGACUCCACUCUCAAAACACAUUUGUCAGAAAAAGGACGUGGUAUGGAACUGUCAGAGCUAAUAGCAUUCAAUGGAAAACUGUACACUGUUGAUGACAGAACUGGAGUAGUGUAUGAUAUUGAUGGGGACAAGGCAGUCCCUUGGGCCAUCCUAUCUGAUGGUGAUGGGACUGUUGAGAAAGGCUUCAAAGCUGAAUGGUUAGCAGUAAAAGAUGAGCACCUUUAUGUAGGAGGACUUGGUAAGGAGUGGACUACCACCACUGGAGAGGUAGUCAAUGAAAAUCCAGAGUGGGUGAAAGUUAUUGGCUACAAAGGUGAUGUGAAUCAUGAGAACUGGGUGCCUCACUACAAUGCUCUCCGUGCUGCUGCCGGCAUCAAGUCUCCGGGAUAUCUGAUUCAUGAAUCUGCUGCGUGGAGUGAUCGGCUGCAGCGCUGGUUCUUUCUGCCACGGCGAGCCAGCAAUGAACGCUACAACGAAAAAGAUGAUGAGCACAGGGGAACGAACCUCAUUAUUAAAUCUACUCAAGAUUUCAAAGAGGUCUCGGUGAGCAAGAUUGGAGAGGUUAACCCAACACGAGGAUUCUCCUCCUUCAAGUUCAUUCCUGAUACAGACGAUCAGAUCAUUGUGUCACUGAAAUCAGAGGAAGAUAAUGGGAAAAUAGCCACCUACAUUAUGGCUUUUACUUUAGAUGGACGCUUCCUUUUAGAGGAAACUAAAGUGGCUGACAUAAAAUAUGAAGGAAUAGAAUUUAUAUAAGAUUCCUCCUAAUCAAAAGUGUUGGGAUUUGGAUCAAAGUGCUACUGCUUCCAAGAAUAUCCAGAAAAGCAUUUCCUGAUGAAUGUUGGUUUCCUCUUUAGAAUGGUUCUUCGUUGCUUUUAAUCUGAAGUUGUGUUCUUUUGUAAUACCCUGUUUGUUUACAUUAAAGAAAUUGAAUCUGAGGUAUUGCAAAAUCAGAACUUCUGCACUCUUCUUAAAGAUAUUUUUUAAAUUUUCUUGUCAUUUUAAAAAAUAUAUAUAGCUGGGAUGUUGCCUUGUAUUUACAUGCCAUAAAACCUGCAAUUGUGACGUA